AUGGACAAGAAACGGCAGUUUGAGCCCAGAGACUUUUGGCUGUUUGGCGGCGUUUUACUGAGCAUUCCUUCCUCGUUUGGAGCGUACCUGGCCAAGGGAAUUUACGGAUACAAGGCCGGACUCGUUACUGAAGUCUUACUCUUGGUCUCCAGCUUCUUUUGGAUGGCCAUUGGGACCAUUGAGUACGGAGUAGAUACUGGUAAGCAAGUAGGUAAAUACUGCAAUGAAUCUAGAUGCCAAAAGGGUCAAUGCGGCUGCAAUGGAGGUCAAACCUGUGAACCUGAAAAAUGUACAUCUAAAAACUGCCCAUGCUGCAAAGAGUGGGAAGGUACUUAUGCAUCCUUGAAUACGUUUACAUCCCAAGGUUUAAUGAUAGUCUUGGCCUUUACUGGAGAUGGUUAUCUAAAGACUUACUCCAAGUAUGAGCAUGAUAGGAGUAAAUGGCCUACUAAAGACUAUGGGUUCUGGAAGUCCUUAGGAUACUGGACAGGAAGUGGAGUAUCUGAAGCAUGUAAGAGUGUCAAGUCCUCCUUUACCACUAAUGUCAGAUGUAAAGUUUUGGGUAAAUCAGAGGCUCUACUCAUUGUCUAUGCAGAUCAGGAAUUUUAA